AUGGCGGUUAAAAAAAGGAAGCCUCAUAAUAUCAAACCAAUUCGCAAUGUGCAGGAUGGUCAGCCUACACACAACCCGUACGAUUCGGUGAGACUAAAGCCCGAAAAAGUAGGAGCGUUAGUUCACGACGAGAGCGACACGAUCUCUUACCGAGCAUAUUUGACACAAAAUUUCAUCAAGUCUAGCGAAUGGAUGGACGUUCUGACCACUCAAAACGUUCCGCUGCAGUGCAUCCAGCCACCACCUAUCUAUCGAGACCUGAAUGUAGAAGCGAUGAAACAAUCUAUUGCAGCAGAAAAGGAGCAGAUUAGCGCAUUAGAAUGCCAGCUUGAGAACUACAGCAUCGAACUUCCCAAGGAUUUCAUAAAAUUGAGGGAUCUGUCGGUGGCACUCGCCAAUGACAGCGGCGACCGCAAAUCGACGGAACCAAUAGAAAUCGAAUUUAUGUCAGAAUUUGGAAAGCAUCUGCAAGAUGGUCGUAUUUCCAUACAUCACCAAAAAUUUCCUCAGCUACGUGGUGAUUUGUCAGAGGCGCCAGUUGAUUACUGGGCUAAGCGUACCGAAAUGUUAAUCAAACAGCACGAAGAGACUGUUAGGCUCAAAGAACUGCAAGAGGAAGAGGAACUCAAGCGUCGAACAGAGGAACAGGACAGACUGCGGCAGAAGCAAGAAGAGCAAAGGUUAUUCGAAGACCCCUUUCAACCGCAGCAACCACAGGUGCAACCGAUUCCGAGCGUCAUGGCUUACAAUGUAAAUGGCAAUCAAGCCCAGCCGCAGCAAGCAGAUGCUGCACAACAAGGCAUGCUUGGAUCCAUCUUUGGUGAUAUGAAUGGAGAGAAUUUCAAUAACGGUUUUGAAGAUGAGUUUGGUGAAUUGGACACCGCGUUCUUUUGA